AUGAGACAACCAGUCGCCAAGUGCGAGCAUAGUUUGCUCUUCACUCAAGUCGUUUGCACCACCGCCUGGAUUUGGCAUCAUCUGCGAGAACAAGUGGCUUGGCAACACCGGCUCGAAUGUGCCGAAGCCCUCCUGCCGCGUGGCCGGCGUCUUCCUGAGCCUUGCUUAAGGGUCACCACAACCAAUCCCCAGUCUUGCUCGGCAAUGACCAGUUGCCCAAACCUCUGCCCUCGGGUCCACCAGCAGAAACAUCACAUGUCGGCCCGACGCUGCGGUUGCGAGAUCGCUUCGUCGUGGGAGCGCGGAAUCUGCAGAAACAAUACCGAAGUACCACGAAACUUUUCGUAUAUAAGCAGAGUUUCGAGGCUACCAGUAAAUCAGUAA